AUGAAUAAAAUAGUUAUGGUUUAUGCGAAAUCGGAAGGAGAAGUUACGAAGCUAACUGCAGUCGUAAUAGCGGAUAGUUUUGAUCGUCGAUUUUCGCCUAUACUAGCACAGAAUAAGUCGAUGGGUGCAUUUAAAAUUUGCAAUAUCGAAAUUCUAAAUUAUACGUUCCAAUGGAUUGCAUGGACUGAAAUUCAGGACGUUAUCCUGGCAAUAUCAAAUGAUCGAAAAGAAAGCCUAAAUUCCAUAGUUAAAUAUUGGCGAGGAAUUUUCGACUCCUUUAGGUUAUUGGCAUCUCCGAAUUGUGUGAGUGUUGGAGAAGUAAUUCGUGAAAUAAAUGGCCGAGGGCUUAUUACAAGUGAUUUUAUUUUGAUAGCAAAUCCAGCUACGUUUUGUUCUACAGAUCUUUGUGCACAGAUUGCGACAUUCAAGGAGCGAAGAAGGGAUCGAAAAAAUGUUUUGACUUUGUUAUACACUUUAAGUGAUACUGUAAAACCGUUUAUUGUUAUUGAUCCUAUUACAAUGAAAUUACUGGCAUUUCAUCACGAUGAUGACUCUUAUAAACUGGAAUUUGAUAAGAAGAAUUUUCUCGAAAAAGAUAAAUCCAUUCGCUCGGAUCUGGAAGAUACUGGAAUAGCUUUGUGCUCUGCGAGUAUUGCUAGUCAGUUCAGUGAUAAUUUCGAUUUUCAGCAUCGUGAUGAUAUUAUAAGGGAAUUGCUUGCCAGAAUAUCCACAUCGAUAUUCUUCCAAUUGAUACACCUGCAUUUAGAAUUUGGCAUAUGUUUUCUUUUUGAAAUAGAAAAAAUUGCUUCAUCAAUAGAUUUUUUCAGGAUUCUAAGCAACUCAUAUGACCAUCUUGAUUUCUCAAAUAUCGAUUACGAUGAUUUCGUGCGAGGAACUAGAUUAAUCGCUCAACAAUGGCUUAUUCCUUUUCCUAAUAUUGUAACAGAUGAAAAUUAUUUUUCGUAUCCGAACAACAUUUUCAUCUCUGGAAGCUUAAGUGCUAAUGGUGAUGAUGAUAGUAAAAUAAAUUUAGCAAGUGUUGGUCCCAAUGUGGUUAUUGGUCGCAAAUGUGAGAUCGCUCCCGAUGUUUUACUUAAUGCGUCAUCUAUUGGCGAAGGUGCCAAAAUCGGUCAUUAUUUACUCUUAUCGCUUUGUAAACGUAGUGGAACCAAUAUAUCGAUGAGUGCUAUCGGUGAAAGCGUUUUAAUAGGAAAUAGUACGAAAAUUUCGUGCUCCUUUAUUGGUGAUGCUGUUUCAAUAGGUGAUAAAGUUACUAUAGAACCACAUUGUGUUAUUGGUCACGUUGGAUGCAUAUUGCGUUUUGCCGACGAAAAAGAUUUUUGGUUUGCAUGCAAGUAUCAUCCAAAAAAUGGAUCUUCUUAUGCUGAUGAAGAUUUGCAAACAUUUGAAGAUGCUUCUGAUGAUGAACUGAACAUAAUAGAAAGGUUUUUCGAAGAGGUAAAAGAGAGCAUGGAACGAAUAAGAGGGGUCAAGUUCAGUGAUCAAUUAAUAAAAAAUUUAAUUCUUGAAAUAAAUAGUUCAAAGCUUGCUUACAAUAUCAGUGUGGAUCAAGUGGCGUAUUACGUUUUCCUUGCAUUCUUGCACAUUCAUCGUGAUAGUUCUUUUGCGGAUAUUCGAAUAAUAUCAUAUAAAUGGAAAACUUUAUUUACGAAUUAUUACAAGCCAGUCAAAAAUCAAAUUCAGGCUCUUGCAGCUAUGGAGGAAUAUUUAAGUACAACACCAAAUUUCAAAUCUUUACUAGCAAAGACAGUUCAUAUGUUUUACGAAUCAGAUAUCAUUGAAGAAGACGCGAUUCUUAGUUGGUAUGAAUCUGUAGAUUCCAAUUCAUCUAUUUAUGAACUUGUGAAGCCCAUUGUUUCUUGGCUUAAGGAGGCUGAUGAAGAAGAUUCAGAUUGA